AUGAGCCUGAUGCUGGAGACGCUGCUGGGCCCCCCGGGGGGGCUCCGCAAGGAGCCGGGCCGCGCUCCCCCGCGAUCCGCCGCCUCCAGCGGCUUCUACUCGUGGCCGACCCCGGUGGUGGGACGGGCGCGGGGCGCGGGGGGCGGCGGCGGCAGCGCGGCCGCGUCCUCCACCGAGAGCCUGGACUCGCUGAACGGCGAACCGCGGGCGCGCAACGAGAAGGAGCUGCUGCAGGUGCUGAACGACCGCUUCGCCGGCUACAUCGAGCGGGUGCGGGCGCUGGAGCAGCAGAACCGGGCGCUGGCGGCCGAGGCGGCGGCGCUGCGGCAGCAGCAGGCGGGGCGCUCGGCCAUGGGCGAGCUGUACGCCCGGGAGCUGCGGGACAUGCGGGGCACCGUGCUGCGCCUGGGCGCCGAGAAGGGGCAGCUGCGGCUGGAGCGGGCGCGCCUGGCCGAGGACGUGGCGGCGCUGCGGGGAAGGCUGGAGGACGAGGCUCGGCAGCGCUCGGAGCUGGAGGCGGCGGCCCGCGGGCUGGCGCAGCGCUCGGCGCAGGAGGAGCGGGCGCGGGCGCCGCUGGAGGAGCGAGCCCGGGCCCUGCGGGAGGAGGCGGAGCAGCUGCGGAGGCAGCACCGAGCCGAGGUGGGAGCGCUGCUGCGCGGGGCGCGCCCCGAGCUGCCCGCGGAGCCCCCCGCGUCCCUGCGGCCCGGAGUCACCGCCGCGCUCCGCGACCUGCGCGCACAGCUGGAGGGCACAGCGGCCCGCAGCACCCUGCAGGCCGAGGAGUGGUUCCGCGUGAGGCUGGACAAGCUCUCGGAGGUGGCCAAGGUGAACACGGAUGCCAUGCGCUUGGCCCAGGAGGAGAUCUCCGAGUACCGCCGGCAGCUCCAGGCCAAGACCACCGAGCUGGAAGCCCUCAAAGGGACCCAGGAAUCGCUGGAGAGGCAGAGGCAGGACUCAGAGGAGCGCCAUCAUGCAGAUGUCCUGUCCUACCAGGAAACCAUCCAGCAGCUUGACAGCGAGCUGAGGAACACCAAGUGGGAGAUGGCAGCUCAGCUCCGGGAGUACCAGGAUCUGCUCAACGUCAAAAUGGCCCUGGACAUCGAAAUCGCUGCCUACAGAAAGCUCCUGGAAGGGGAGGAAUAUCGGCUUGAGACUGGCAUUGGCAUGCUCUCCUACCCCGAGGUGGUCCCCAAGCCCCCCAGCAUCACCACCAGCAUCAAGGUGAAGAGCGAGGAGAAGAUCAAGGUGGUGGAGAAAUCAGAGAAGGAGACGGUGAUUGUGGAGGAGCAGACAGAAGAAAUCCAGGUGACUGAGGAGGUCACAGAGGAGGAGGAGGCUGAGAAAGAGGCUGAAGAGGAAAAAGCUGAAGAGAAGGAGGGGGAGGAAGAAGAAGAGGAGAAAGCUGAAGAAGAGGGUGAAGAAAAGGCCAAGUCCCCCUCAAAGGAGGAGGCCAAGACCCCAGAGAAACCUGAGUCCCCCGCAAAGGAGGAGCCCAAGACCCCAGAGAAACCCGAGUCCCCCUCAAAGGAGGAGGCCAAGACCCCAGAGAAACCCAAGUCCCCCGCAAAGGAGGAGGCCAAGACCCCAGAGAAACCCGAGUCCCCCUCAAAGGAGGAGCCCAAGACCCCAGAGAAACCCGAGUCCCCCGCAAAGGAGGAGCCCAAGACCCCAGAGAAACCCGAGUCCCCCGCAAAGGAGGAGCCCAAGACCCCAGCAGUCAAGUCCCCUGAAAAGCCCCCGACCCCCUCCAAGGAGGGGGCCAAGACCCCACUUGUGAAAUCCCCAGAAAAACCUGCAACCCCCUCAAAGGAGGAGGCAAAGAGCCCGGCUGUGAAGUCCCCAGAGAAACCCCCAACCCCCUCAAAGGAGGAAGCCAAGACUCCAGCUGUCAAAUCCCCUGAAAAGCCACCAACACCCUCAAAAGAGGAGGCCAAGACCCCGACAGUGAAGUCCCCAGAGAAACCUGCACCUCCCUCAAAGGAUGAGGCCAAGACCCCAACAGUGAAAUCCCCAGAGAAACCCACACCCCCCUCAAAAGAGGAGGCCAAGACCCCGACUGUCAAGUCCCCGGAGAAACCCCCGGCCCCCUCUAAAGAAGAGGCCAAGAGCCCGGCUGUGAAGUCUCCAGAGCCACCGGCAACUCCCUCAAAAGAGGAAGCCAAACCCCCAUCUGUCAAAUCCCCAGAGAAGCCCCCAACCCCCUCAAAGGAGGAGGCCAAGCCCCCGGCUGUGAAGUCCCCAGAGAAGCCCCCAACCCCCUCAAAGGAGGAGGCCAAGCCCCCGGCUGUGAAGUCCCCAGAGAAAGUCAAAUCUCCUGUGAAGGAGGAGGCCAAGUCUCCACAGAAGGAAGUGGCCCCAGCCAAGGAGCCGAGCCCUGCUCCGAAGGAGCCAAAGGCCCCCGCCAAGGAGGAGCAGCCCAAGGAGGUGAAGGCUCCCUCCAAGCCCGAGGAGGGUAAGAAGGAGGAAGCUCCCAAGAAGGAUGUCCUGGCCAAGGCAGAGGAGAAACCCAAAGAGAAGGCGGCUGCUGUGCCGGAGCCUCCAGCUCCACAAGCCAAAGAGACCGAGCCAAGCCCCAAACCCGCUGAAGAGGGAAAAGCCGAGGAGGCUCCAGCAAAACCUCAGCAGGAGGUCAGCAAGGCAGCCAGCAAGGAGGCUGAGAAGCCAAAGGCUGAGGAGAAGGUGGAGGAGGCCAAGAAGAAAGUAGAAGAACCAAAGAAGGAGAAGGCAGAGGAACCCAAGAAAGUGGAGGAACCCAAAGCUAAAGCAAAACCCAAAGAUGAGCCCAAAGCCAGUAAGGAACCCCCCAAAGCCGAGGCUCCCUCCAGCAAGGAGGGCACAGCCCCAGAGCCAGGGAAGAAGUGA